UGGCCAUUUAUUCAACCUGUGCCAGCCUCUGCAUUUGUCUAUCACCAAGAAAUCAAACAUCCCAUGGAUUUGCAGACAGUUGAAGAAAACGUAUGGAAAGGAAAGUACACCAAGUUUGCUCGAUUCGAGAAAGACAUUCGACUUAUUUGGAAGAAUGCACGGGCUUUUCAUCGAAAUACAGGAACGAUUCCCAAACAUGCAGAUUAUCUCGAAAGACUUUUCAACAGGAUUGUAGUAGACAUU